AAAAGGGACCCCUCUUGUUUUCCAAAAUCAAGCACUCAUUGUAUCCCAUUGAUGUCAACAACCUCUUAUUUCCUCUCCACAACGUUGUCACUACACAAAAUCAUCCAAGAUUUUAUGAAUCAUUUCAUGUGUGUUUCUGUGCACACACAAUGGAAGGACUUCCUAUGCUAACUUGUCUCAUACAACACACCUUAAAAACCCUUUGCACUUGUUCUUCAUCAGAAGAUAACACUUCUAACAAAUGGGUUUACGCGGUUUUCUGGCGAAUUUUGCCUAGGAUUUACCCCCCUCCCAAAUGGGACGUUGAAGGAGGCGUUCUUGAUCGCGCCAAAGGAAACAAGCGAAACUGGAUUCUUGUUUGGGAAGACGGGUUUUGCGAUAUUGAUGAAUGCGAGCGAGUCGGGAAUGAUGGAUCAUCAAAGGGUGGAUUUGGAGCUGAUAUCUUUUUUAAACUGUCUCAUGAGGUUUACAAUUAUGGUGAAGGAUUGAUAGGGAAAAUAGCUGCAGAUAAUAGUCACAAAUGGGUGUUUAAAGAUGGAUUAAAUGAGCAUGAUCCUAGCUUUAUUUCUUCAUGGAAUGCAUCUAUUGAUCCUCAACCAAAAGCAUGGGAAUUUCAUUUCAAUUCCGGGAUUAAGACAAUUGCAAUCAUAUCUACUAGAGAAGGCAUCAUUCAACUAGGCUCUUUUGAUAAGAUUAUUGAAGAUCUGAAUUUGGUAUUAAGCAUCCGGAGGAAAUUCAGCUACUUACGUACCAUCCCAGGGUUAUUCUCAAUUCAGAGACCAUUUUCUACCGUACAACAUUCUUACAACCCACUUAAGCAUAAAAGUACUAUUGGGCCGGAUGAGGCCCAACAAGUAACUGGGUCAAAAGUCAACGUCCAUGGUGGAGAAAGUGAACCUCACAAGGGUCCGAUUUGGUCAUUGGGUUCGGGUUACAUAAACCAAGAAAGUGGCCCAUCACUUUGGGCCAUUCCACCCCUCUUGCCCUACAAUUAUGGAUCUCAUGAUCACUUGGCCCGUAUUCGCAACGAUGGGGUUGAUCAAUCUGUAAGGGAUAAGAUAUCUAGAGUCGAAGAUCCGGGUGAAGAAGGGAAGUCGAGAUGCUUGAACACUAACCCGGGGUUCGGUAUGGAGUUAGGGUUUGGGCCCAAGAGGGUAGCACAAGAAAGUGAUGUAAAAUUUCAACUAAAUUAAUAUGGACAAAUUUGCAUUUAUUUGGAUAUGACUUUAAGUGCUUUUGCUUCAAUUAGUUGUGAUUAAGGUGUCCGUUUUGUAUCUCUAUACCAUCGGAGCAAAUUAUGCUAAUGUUGGCUAUGUUCCACAUAAGUAACGGAUUACGUCACGUGUCACGA